UGCUGGAACCUUCUAAGGAUCCAGUAAGCAUUUAAGGGAAGGAAGGGAGGCGGAACUGAGAACUGCAAAUGAAGCAUUUUAAUCUUACUUAACGUCCAAACAGUGUCUUGAAGUAGAGGCCAAACUCCUUCACAUGUCCCCAGAUAAGGAAAGCGAAAUUCAGAGAGAAUGACUUCUCUGAGGUCACAAAGCUAGGCAAGUGACAAAGCCAGCACUCACGCAUAGCCUGCCUGGAAUCCAUGACUGCAGGAGCUGGGCAUGGCGCUGGAUGAGAGAGAGGAGCUAGAAAAAGCCAGUCUGGCUGAAGGAUGGGGAAAGAUGGAGUGAAGAGCCUUGAGGCUGAGAAAAGAGACCAGUCAGGUUAGGUAAGCAUUUAGACUACGGUUCUGUCUCUAGUAACUUUACUUUUGGUUUGCCUUCCAAUUCCAGGUCUCCACAGCUGAAGUUGUGGCCCCAAAGGCGUCCAGCCUUGGUCAAUCAUCUGCCCCUGAGGUCAUAGACCACACUCCCAUGUCUUGCCUCUGCUUGCUUUGGGACAGACUCUGUAUAGCCACCAGGCUACCACCCUGGAGGUGAGGGCCAUGCUCGGACCUCAGUGUUCCCCAUGAUGCCUCAGUCUAGUUUCUCUUCCCACUUGGACACGAUGUUUGCCAAUUCUUCAGCCAACGCCUCUUCUACCAACAGCUCUGUGCCCCAGUGCCGUGACUAUCGGGGUACACAUCGUCUGCAUAUGGUGGUCUACAGCCUGGUCUUGGCGACUGGUCUCCCUCUCAAUGCUCUGGCUCUCUGGGUCUUCGUGCGUGUGCUGCGUGUGAACUCGGUGGUGAGCGUGUACAUGUGCAACCUGGCAGCCAGCGAUCUGCUCUUCACCCUGUCACUGCCCCUGCGCCUCUCCUACUAUGCACGGCACCACUGGCCCUUCCCGGGCUUCCUAUGCCAGAUGUCGGGCGCCAUCUUCCAGAUGAACAUGUACGGCAGCUGUAUCUUUCUGAUGCUCAUCAACGUGGACCGCUACGCGGCCAUCGUGCACCCGCUGCGACUGCGCCACCUGCGGCGGCCCCGCGUGGCGCGGCGGCUCUGCCUGGGCGUCUGGGCGCUCAUCCUGCUGUUCGCCGUGCCCGCCGUCCGCGUGCACAGCCCGUCCACCUGCAGGCACGAGAACAUCACCGUGAGCCUGUGCUUCGAGAGCUUCAGCGAUGAGCUGUGGAAGGGCGGGCUGCUGCCGCUCCUACUGCUGGCCGAGACGCUGGGCUUUCUGCUGCCCUUGGCCGCUGUCGUCUAUUCUUCGGGCCGGGUCUUCUGGACGUUGGCGAGGCCCGACGCCACCCAGAGCCAGCGGCGACAGAAGACCGUGCGCCUCCUGCUGAUCAAUCUCGUCAUCUUCCUGCUGUGCUUCGUGCCCUACAACGCCACGCUGGCCGUGUAUGGGUUGCUGCGAGCCGACCUGGUGGAAUCCAGCCUUCAGGCCCGCGAUCAGGUGCGCGGUGUGCUGAUGGUAAUGGUGCUGCUGGCCGGCGCCAACUGCGUGCUGGAUCCGCUGGUGUACUACUUCAGUGCUGAGGGUUUCCGAAACACCCUCCGCAACCUGGGCACCCCGCACCAUACCAGGCCUUUGGCUACCAACGGGGCGAGAGGGGUGCUCACCGAACCACCCUCAGAAACCACCCAAAACACUGGGCUGGAUGCCACCAGUCAGGGUCUACUCCAGCCCACCAAUCUGGGAACACCGGUCAUCCAGUGCCCCCAGGAUUCAGCCCUCUGAAAGGACGCAGUGUCCUAGUGUAGGCUUGCGCCACCCUCAAAGGCUCAGAGUGUCCAUUUGAGGGAGGGGGCUGGGAACUUGGACUUUGAAGGCACUCCAGUCCCGGUGUGCAGAAGAAAGCAAGCGUGUAAGCAGGGGUAGAGAAGAGAGAGAGCGUGCUGCUGGUGAGAGCCAUGGGCUCUGGCUUUUAUGCAGAGGACCCUGCUCCAGUAUGUAGGAAGCCAUGGAGUGAGCAUGCCCGUGGCUAAGAGCUGGUAGGUGGAACAGAAGAUGGCUCUCCCGGAUUUAGGUCAUCAGUCGGAGAACUGAAGAUUCCCUGACCUUGGUGAAUCAACUACACAGAAGGUCAUCUGUCAUCUUCAAAAACAAAGCAAAACUCAGAACCUGGAACCCGCUGCCUGUGCAUGCUGGGCCACCACAUUGCCUCUGAACUCCACACCCCAGCCCCAUCGGUGUGGCCUUCCGUCCUGACUGGAGGGCCAUGGCCGCCAGGCCACCAGCCCCCGCUUCCGCUUGCCCUCCCUGUGCAGCUAGGAGGCAUGAUACAAAGGUUUAUGUGAUACACUUGACACCCAGUAUGAGGAGGUUGGGGAAGGGCAGAGCUGUGUGUUGAGUCCCUCGAAAACCCUAGUUCUUGGGCCUUUUCUGGUCGUCCUUUGUCCUUCUAUCACUCUCUGGGCCUCUUCCAUUCUGUGUCUCCCUUCCUCCCUCUCCCCUCCCAUCUCCUCCUCCCCACUCCCACCCUUCU